UUGAAUGCUCUCAUUGUCCCUUUACAAACAGGAACAGCGAUAUAAAUUCUCAUGCUCAUUUACUUUGCAGCAAGUUUGUGUUGUGGAGUUGAUCCAUAAUGGAGAUGCCUGGGGCUUUAUUAUUGCUCCUACUUUUGCAGAUUUUUACAGGAGACACUUCAGGGACACUUGUCUCCAGCUGUGAUUCAUGUCAUGAUGAAGCUGUCUGCUUGGAGUCACGAGAAAGAGGAGACGCCUUUGCCAACCAGGCUUUUUCAUGUGUCUGUAAAGAUGGCUUUUUGGGUGAUGGUCUCACCUGCUACAAUACAAAACUCUGCAGUGACUCUUCUUGCUGUAGCCAAGGUUAUCACUGGUCACCAGACAGGGGCUGUGUAGACACUGACGAGUGCUCCCUCCCAGACUCGCCCUGCGUGCCGCCUCAGGUCUGUCAGAACACACCAGGCUCCUUCAACUGCCUGAAGCUUUCCUCCAGCACCAGAUCCGGCCCCUCCUCCCAGUCUGUCCAGUUCAACUGUGGAAAUACUGUUUGCCCUUUGGGCAUGGACUGCAUCAGCAAUAAUGCAACUGCCCGGUGUGCUGACCCCUGUGAGUACUACACUGUACUGGAUGAUGACUGGCGUUCAACAAAUAACACAGUGAAUCAGAUCACACGCUGUGACCGAGAUAUUAGCUGGCAAGGCUGGUAUCGUCUUUUUCUGGGACAAACCAGUGCUCACAUUCCAGAGAGGUGUAUAGAUAGAUACAGGUGUGGAACCCAUGCUCCUCUGUGGAUAACAGAACCUCAUCCCACACAAUCUGGUGUGAUUGUAAAUCGUAUUGUGUGUAAUGCCUGGGCUGGUAGCUGCUGCUAUUUUAGCUCACACACUAUCCAUGUCAAGCUCUGCUAUGGAAACUACUAUGUCUACAAACUCGUGAAGCCAUCCACAUGCCAACUUGCAUACUGUGCAGAGGUGAAAAGAACACACACUGCAGUUUCUUCAACCACACCUGAUCCAAGAUCACAGAUGUCAUCUGCCACUCAGGUCAACAUCAAUUCCAUAACAACAGUGGGCAACAGUGCACUAGCUGAGGGACAGGUCCGUCUGGUCAAUGGAGGAAACAGCUCCUGCUCAGGCAGAGUGGAGAUCUUCCUCCGUGGACAGUGGGGGACGGUGUGUGAUGAUAACUGGGACCUGGUUGAUGCUCAGGUGGUGUGUAGACAGCUGGGCUGUGGCAGGGUCCUGUCAGCACCACACAGUGCACGUUUUGGAGCAGGCACAGGGCCCAUCUGGUUGGAUGAUGUCAUGUGCAGAGGUAACGAAUCAAAGCUUACCGAGUGCCGUCACCAAGGAUUUGGAUCUCACAACUGUGGUCACAAUGAGGAUGCUGGUGUCGUUUGUGAAGUUCAUCCAGGACCAAUCAGCACACUUUUACCAACCACACAUGAUCCAAGACCAUCGACCAUCCCCACCACUGAGGUGAUAGCUGACAGCAGUCCUACAACAUCAGCUGAGGGACAGGUCCGCCUGGUCAAUGGAGGAAACAGCUCCUGCUCAGGCAGAGUGGAGAUCUUCCUCCGUGGACAGUGGGGGACGGUGUGUGAUGAUAACUGGGACCUGAACGAUGCCAACGUGGUGUGCAGACAGCUGGGCUGUGGCAGGGCUCGUUCAGCACUACAGAGUGCAGCUUUUGGACAGGGAAGCGGACCCAUCUGGUUGGACAAUGUCAGUUGUUCAGGGAAUGAACCAUCAAUAACAGACUGCAGACACCCAGGGUUUGGGAUCCACAACUGUGGUCAUGUUGAAGAUGCGGGUGUUGUUUGUGAAGUUCAUCCAGGACCAAUCAGCACACUUUUACCAACCACACAUGAUCCAAGACCAUCGACCAUCCCCACCACUGAGGUGAUAGCUGACAGCAGUCCUACAACAUCAGCUGAGGGACAGGUACGCCUGGUCAAUGGAGGAAACAGCUCCUGCUCAGGCAGAGUGGAGAUCUUCCUCCGUGGACAGUGGGGGACGGUGUGUGAUGAUAACUGGGACCUGGUUGAUGCUCAGGUGGUGUGUAGACAGCUGGGCUGUGGCAGGGUCCUGUCAGCACCACACAGUGCACGUUUUGGAGCAGGCACAGGGCCCAUCUGGUUGGAUGAUGUCAUGUGCAGAGGUAACGAAUCAAAGCUCACCGAGUGCCGUCACCAAGGAUUUGGAUCUCACAACUGUGGUCACAAUGAGGAUGCUGGUGUCGUUUGUGAAGUUCAUCCAGGACCAAUCAGCACACUUUUACCAACCACACAUGAUCCAAGACCAUCGACCAUCCCCACCACUGAGGUGAUAGCUGACAGCAGUCCUACAACAUCAGCUGAGGGACAGGUCCGCCUGGUCAAUGGAGGAAACAGCUCCUGCUCAGGCAGAGUGGAGAUCUUCCUCCGUGGACAGUGGGGGACGGUGUGUGAUGAUAACUGGGACCUGGUUGAUGCUCAGGUGGUGUGUAGACAGCUGGGCUGUGGCAGGGUCCUGUCAGCACCACACAGUGCACGUUUUGGAGCAGGCACAGGGCCCAUCUGGUUGGAUGAUGUCAUGUGCAGAGGUAACGAAUCAAAGCUUACCGAGUGCCGUCACCAAGGAUUUGGAUCUCACAACUGUGGUCACAAUGAGGAUGCUGGUGUCGUCUGUGAAGUCCUGCUCCAACCUACUCAGCUUAUUUGUGGCCGUGAUAAACUCCAAGUAGGGCUGAAUUUGGUUGCCAUGACAUCCACUGGCUUGAACCCAUUCUCUGGAAACCUGGCAUCCCGCAACUGCUCCUGGGUCAGAGUGCUUGAUGAUGUAGUCUGGUACGAAGUGGAGGCUCAGGCAGGUGCCUGUGGAAAUACACUGAGGACCAACCGCACACAUGCCAUCUACUCCAACAGUUUAUUUAUCUACCCAACAAAUGUGUCCUUCGCCCGUCCUGUGAGUCUUCCUUUCUCCUGCGCAUAUCCCCUCGACACAGACACCAGCCUGAAUGUAGCUAUCAGACCAUUCCUGCCGCUGCCAGAUAGACUUUCUGGCUCAGGUACCAAAGCCAGAGCCUCAAUGUCUCUCUUCCGCAACUCCAACUUCACUGAGCCUUAUCCAGCAGGCUUGAUCAGCCUUCCAGUGGGCUCUCCCCUCUAUGUGGGCGUCUCUGUGGAGGAGAGAGAUCCAAGCUUUGCACUUGUUCUGGUGGACUGCUACGCCACUCACUCAUCAAACCCUGAUGAUCCCACACGAUACUUUCUCAUCCAGAACAAGUGUCCCACUGACCGCCGACAGGUGUCAGUGGUUGAGAGCGGCUCAUCCCUCCAGGCUCGUUUCUCUGCCUUGCUCUUCCUGUUUCAGGGUGAAUAUCGAGACAUUUAUCUUCACUGCAGCCUCAGCCUGUGUGACCGGAGGAGCUCUUGUGUUCGACCCUGCACAAAUAGGGCAUAUCGCUCUAUUUCCAGCUCUGCUCCUCUGAAGCUCCUCAGCAUUGGACCAAUCACUUGGGACAAAUCACCUGAGUGAGCUGGAUACAUACAGCAACAUUACAAACACAUUUCAGAAUGUGAUAUUAUUUUGUAUUAACAUGUUUUUAAUUCAUAGACAUAAAAUUAUAAAAACUGCUGUUACAUAGUAUGAUCAAAUCUUACCACACAUUGUUCAUUCCUCAUUUCUAUUUCCUGUGUAAUGAUUGUUAUUAAACAAU